AUGGCGUUGUUAGACUCUGAUGCCGAUGACUUUCAAUCCCGAAAAAAGAGAAAGAGUGGUGUUGAUCGACCGGAGAGAGAUGCUCCUGUCGUAACAGAGGACUAUACUGUGGGCUGGGUGUGUGCCCUCCCGUUGGAAAUGGCUGCCGCGAAAGGGAUGCUCGAUCAGGUUCAUCCGAACUUGCCCUUGCAGGAUCUAGCCGACCAUAACAGCUACGUCUUAGGUCAGGUCCAAGGCCAUAACGUCGUCGUCGCUUGCCUACCUGCAGGCAUCUAUGGAACAACACCAGCUGCCACGGUCGCGAAGGACUUGCUGCGGACCUUCAAGUCAAUCCGGUUCGGCUUGAUGGUUGGAAUCGGCGGUGGUGUACCGUCGCGAGAACAUGACAUCCGGCUGGGCGACGUCGUGGUUAGCCAACCCGCUAAAAUAAGUGGAGGUGUUAUCCAGUACGAUCGGGGGAAGACGAUGCAGGAGGGGGAGUUCCAACGUACAGGAUCGCUCAACGCACCACCCCAGGUCCUGUUAGCCGCCCUGAGUCGUCUCCAGGCCGACCACCUAAUCGAAGACAGCAGAAUCCCCCAAUUUCUAUCUGAGCUUAUCAGCAAAAGCCCUAAAAAGAUGAAAAAAAAAUUCGGUCAUCAAGGUGCUCUCUACGAUUAUCUCUUCCAAGCAGGAUAUGACCACGUUAGUCCAGACUCUACUUGUGAUCAGUGUGAUCAUACGCAGACGAUUCAGCGGGACGACAGAGAUGACACAGACCCGGUUAUUCAUUACGGCAAUAUUGCAUCAGGUAAUCAGGUAAUCAAGCAUGGAAAGACACGCGACAAGUUAAGUCAAGAGCUUGGGGUGCUCUGCUUCGAGAUGGAGGCUGCAGGACUACAAGAUUUCCCAUGCCUAGUCAUCCGCGGUGUUUGCGACUACGCAGACUCUCAUAAGAAUAAACGGUGGCAAGAAUACGCAGCUGCAACAGCAGCCGCGUUUGCAAAGGAGCUUCUUUCAGUCAUACCGCCAAGCAGGGUCCUACAGGAGGAGGCGGUACCGCAGUUAGCACUAAUACCUCAUGCAGAUCCUCACCUUCAUGAGCUUGUUUCUAACACAAAUGCGGCCAUCUCGGCACAAACGCAGAAGCAGGAGGUCAGAUACGAGAGCCAAAAACAGGUUGAUUGCCAUCAAGCAUUCAAAACGAGCGCGUAUGAGAAGUUCAAGAACGUCAACCCUGACCGAGUCCUGGGCACAUGCAAAUGGGUGUUAGAGCAUGCACGAUACAAGAAAUGGCAGCAGAGCCGUCAGGAUGACCUCCUUUGGAUUUCGGCUGACCCAGGCUGUGGAAAGUCUGUAUUGGCCAAAUCCCUUAUUGACGAGGAGAUACAACAAUCCAACGAGCAUACAGUGUGCUACUUCUUCUUUAAGGACAACGAGGACCAAAAUAGACUCGCGACAGCCUUAUGUGCUCUUCUCCAUCAGCUUUUCUACUAUCAACCACUCCUUAUCCGCCAAGCUAUGGCGGCCUUUGAAAAGAACGGAGAGAAACUGCAGACUGAAGUGGAUGAGCUGUGGCGUAUCUUUAUAGCGGCUGGCAAGGACGAUCAAGCAGUCAGUGUUACUUGUGUUCUGGACGCUUUGGACGAGUGCUGCCUUGAUGACCGACGAAAACUCAUUCAGUUUCUAACGAACUUCCAUAACCACCCAACGAUGUCGACGAGAAAGUUUCAACUCAAGUUCCUUAUAACUAGUCGACCAUAUCAGGACAUCGAAACUGAGUUUCGUAACAUUCCUGAGCCUCAAACGAUUCGUCUAGCUGGAGAAGAGAGUAAUGCUGAUAUCAGCGAGGAAAUCAACCUCGUUAUUCGACACGAGGUAGCCACAGCCGGGCAUAAACUCGGAAUAAGUCAGGAAGUGCAAGAUAUGUUGCAAAAAAAGCUCUUCUCAGUUCCGCAUCGAACAUAUCUCUGGCUUCACCUUGUAAUGGAUGAGAUUUCUCACCGCCAGGUGUGGCCAAAAAGUGCGUUCAUCAAGACGAUCAACACUCUCCCAACUAAGGUGGAAGAUGCGUACGAGAACAUUUUAGGCCGCCUUAACCCUAAUCAACGAGGAGAGGCGCAGACUCUUCUUCACAUCGUUCUUGCCGCCCGCCGACCGCUCACACUGUUGGAAAUGGCUGUGGCUUUCCAGCUGGCCCCAGAUUCACCAGUUGCUCAAGCACACAAGGACCUCGACCUUAACUCCACCAAUCUCAAACUACAUAUACGGCAGCUUUGCGGGCUUUUUGUGUUUAUCAACGACGACCGAAUCUACCUCAUACAUCAGACAGCGAAGGAAUUCCUCACUAGACAGGAUUUUUCCGACUAUUCGAUAGAAAAUUGUUGGAGACGCUCCCUCUACAGACCAGAUUCAGACACGAUAAUGACGCAAAUUUGUGUUCAAUAUUUGUCAUUUGGGGAUAUUCAAGACGGUCGGUUCCGUGCUGAUAGACGGGAGCCAGAUACCGAUGCAACAGAAUACCCCUUUUUGGAAUAUUCUGCAAUACACUGGCCUUCACACUCGCGAGAGGCAAAUCACAUGAAGGAGGGCUUACAAAAGCAGAUCUUGCGGCUGUACAACACACAGAAUCAGCGAUUCAAAGGAUGGGUCUCGAUCUUUUGGCAAAAACAUUAUCAGUACCUAGCGAAGGAUGGCCUCAACAGUGUGCAUCUGGCUGCAUUGAAUGGCCAUGACGAAGUGUUAUCUAGACUACUCGCCUCAGACGACACUGCUUUGAAUUCAAGGGAUGGGACAGGUCAGACACCACUGAUUUGGGGGUCUUUCGAGGGUCGUCAGAAGACCGUCCAGAUGCUUUUCGACAAGGGCGCAGAUGUCAACGCACGGGGCGGCCCCUAUGGCAACGCUCUUAAAGCUGCAUCAUAUAGAGGCCACGACAACAUCGUCCAGAUGCUUCUCGAUAAGGGCGCAGAUGUCAACGCACAAGGCGGCUACUAUGGCAACGCUCUUCAGGCUGCAUCAUAUAGAGGCCACGACAACAUCGUCCAGAUGCUUCUCGAUAAGGGCGCAGAUGUCAACGCACAAGGUGGCACCUAUGGCAACGCUCUUCAGGCUGCAUCAGAAGGAGGCCAUAACAACAUCGUCCAGAUGCUUCUCGACAAGCGAGCAGAUGUCAACGCACAAGGCGGCUACUAUGGCAACGCUCUUCAGGCUGCAUCAUAUAGAGGCCACGAUAACAUCGUCCAGAUGCUUCUCGACAAGGGCGCAUAUGUCAACGCACAAGGUGGCUACUUUGGCAACACUCUUCAGGCUGUAUCAUAUAGAGGCCAUGACAACAUCGUCCAGAUACUUCUCGACAAGGGCGCAGAUGUCAACGCACAGGGCGGCGAGUAUGGCAACGCUCUUCAGGCUGUAUCAUAUAGAGGCCAUGACAACAUCGUCCAGAUACUUCUCGACAAGGGCGCACAUGUCAACGCACAAGGCGGCUACUAUGGUAACGCUCUUCAGGCUGCAUCAUAUAAAGGCCACGACAACAUCGUCCAGAUGCUUCUCGACAAGGGCGCAGAUGUCAACGCACAGGGCGGCCCCUAUGGUAACGCUCUUCAGGCUGCAUCAUAUAGAGGCCACGAUAACAUCGUCCAGAUGCUUCUCGACAAGGGCGCAUAUGUCAACGCACAAGGUGGCUACUUUGGCAACACUCUGUACGCUGCAUCAGAAGGAGGCCACGACAACAUCGUCCAGAUACUUCUCGACAAAGGCGCAUAUUUUGGCCAUCAUGUAAUCAGCGAUACAUAG